AUGAUUGAGAAUAUCAACAUUGCCAUCACCUUUAUGAACACAAACAAUAUAUUCAAUGCUAAAUGUUCCCCUCAAGACUUUAUAGAUGGCAAUCAAAAGGCGAUACAUAGUAUAAUAUAUAGAUUGUACUUGGUGGCUAAUGGAAGGAAUGUAGUACAACAGUAUGCCACACCAUUGUCACAACACAGUCAUCAUCAACAGCAACAACAGCCAAGGAAGAGUGGCGGAUCAUUCAAUCAGUCCACUCCAUCACAUCAAAUUCAAUCAGAGCCUCAUCAUGGUCAUCAUCAACCACAACAUAAUCAUAUCCAACAACAACCACAACAACAUGUACCAGCUCUACCAACAUCACCAUCACCAUCAUCUUCUUCAUUGUUAUCAAUGUCACAUGGUAGUGGAAGUGAGUCUCUCGUAUCACCUCGUGGCUCAUACCGUGAGCCAAGAUAUUCAUACUCGAGUCCAGACAAAGGAAACUAUUCCCACCAGCAGCAACAACCUGUGGCAGCACUGCCACAAGUCGAGGAAGAGGUAGUACAGCAACAGGAGCAACAUAUCGAGGAAGUGGAUCAGACAGUUGAUGUUGUGCAGCAACAUGUUGAUGAGCAUCACACAUUCGAGACAUUGAACCAUGUGGCGAUAGUGCCACAAGUCGAAGAUGAGGUAGUACAGCCAUACUAUGAGCAACAUCAAAGUGUUGUCGUUGAGGAGUACAUCCAUCAUGAGGAGGAGCAACACAUUCAACCACAUCCACAGCCAUUGCCACAACAACCACAACCUGUAAUAUAUCAUCAGCCACAAUAUAGUUAUGUGGCCCCGGUCGCUCCACUGAGCGCACCGGCAUCACCAGAGCAUGAAGAGUCUCUGGACGACUUGCUGUUGUACUUCAAGAAACAGGAGAACGUGAUCAAUGCUGCUGCCACUGCCACAGCUACUGCCACUACCUCCACGACCAGCGCUCAGCCAAACACGUCGGUGGCCGCAGCAGCGGCACAGCCACCAAGCCAAGACCCAGCAGAUGUCAAGUGGAAGAGAAGACUUACCGAGCGACCCGCCUCGGGCACUGGCUUCAACAUUGGCCGUGCAAGAAUCAAUACUUUGCGUGGCGUCGAUGUGUCAUCUAGCGCUGAUAGCACACCGCCACCAGCGUCUCCCACCACUGUUGGCACUCCAAUACCAGCGUCGGUCAAGACUCCCGUUGGACGCACCGACUCUAAUGGCAGUAUUGAAUCACUGUCCUCCAGUCCAAUGAAGGCGUGGUCCGUUGCCAAAGUGGUCAACGAGAAUGACAAGAGAAAGAAGCCACUCUUGCUCAAGCCCAUCCCCAUAGACCUUGAGCGCUACAACAAUCCCGAACUCCUUCCAUCAAUCAUCAAGAGUCAAAGUUAUGUCAGGCGUUGGAUCGCCAUGCAUGCCCUUCAUAUAAGGAUCAAACAGAACAAUCACAGGAACAAAUGCUUUAAGGAGAUAUUGUCGACUGAGGAGAACUAUGUGGCUGCAAUAGAGAUGAUCGUCAAUGUGUUCUACCAACAGAUUCUAUGGAACUCAAAGGUGUCGCCCAACCCUUACCUGACACAAGAGGACAUCAGCACGAUAUUCUCAACGGUCAACGAGAUCUACAUAUUCAACAAAGAGUUGCUUGCUCGUGUGAGGGAGCGCGCCAAGCAAUGGAACUCGUACCAAAAGAUCGGCGACAUCUUUGUCGAGAUGGCGCCCUACAUGAAGGUGUUGUACAAGGCCUACUGUCUGAACUAUGACACGGCCAUCGAGUGUCUGCAGAAGGCCAAGAAGAAUGAGAUGUUCAACUUGUUCAUCAAGGCAUGUCUGGACCAUCCCGAGAACCCCAUGAAGCAGAGUUUGGAGACGCUGCUUAUCACAAUCGUACAGCGCAUCCCGCGAUACAUCCUGUUGAUCCAGGACAUGAACUCCAACACAUGGCACGAUCACAUCGAUCGUGACAACCUCCGUGCCGCACUGAAGCUCAUACAGUCGGCGGCGGGUGAGGUCAACACGUCGAUCAAGAUGGCCGAGUCGCAGUCCAAGGUGCUGGAGAUCCAGCGAUCGCUCAUUGGCUGGGACGAGUCUACCGAUCUUGUCAACCCAUCUCGUCACUUUAUCAAGCAAGGCAUCAUAUACAAGUGCCAGUUGGACAGUCGUUUCGCCAAAGACCGUGAGGAGUUGGCCUACUUUGCCUUCAACGACUCACUCCUCGUCGUCGAGAAGCGUGACUCCACCAAGUACCAAUUCAAAUACUUCUUUGAGUUGGCCAAGACCAGGGUCAAGGAUGUGGAGGACAGUCAAGUACUUCAAAAUGCUAUUCAUAUCAUACAUGGAGAGACAACAGCCAUGUUUGCCUUUGAUACACCAAGACUCAAGGGUGCCAUCAUUGAGUUUAUCGAGAAGGGCAAGGUAAACAAGAGAAUGACAACAGCUCUAGGACUGGCAGACUAUGCCAGCACAAACAAUCUGGACCCGGCACAAGUUGGUGAAGGACCAUUCAAUGUUCAGAUCAAGAAGACAGAGAGCAAGAAGCUCCCUGGCAAGAAACCAUUCACCGUGUAUAUUAUUGAUAUUGUUAACGAGGGCACUGGUGAGGUGUCGUCUCUAUCCAAGCGUUACAGCGAUUUCGAUCACCUCCAUAAGAAGCUCAAGAAGAAGUUCCCAGACACUGGCAUUAGAGACCUGCCCAAGAAGCAUCUGCUCAAUAACUUGGGCACAAACACUGUGGAGUCAAGACGUGUGAUGCUCGAAGUCUUCCUGCAGGACCUCUUCCAGAAGGAGCUGCUCAAGAACAGUGAGCUGCUGCUGAAAUUCAUUAGACCGACUGAGCCCGAGCUUCAAAAGUCCAUGUCCAGCAGCUCUUUGAACGAGAGCAUGGCAAACCUGGCCGACUCCCAGGUGCCCUCCAGUCCCGACGUGUCUGCCAAGGGUAUAAGACAAAACGACUUUAUUGACUACGACAGCGAGGAAGAUAAUUAA